UUUGGGCUGCACUGAUUGGUCAAAGUUGAGCCGUGACAGCGUGAUGCGUCCACAUACUCCCACAUACUAACUGACAGCUCCAUAACAUAGCGCUCGCCGGAGCGGCUCUCACCUGGCCGCCCUUUGACUGUUCCGCUCGGAAGUUCACCUGCUUUUCGGAUGAGACUCGGAGGACAGAUGGCUUCUCAGGAGACCUCCAACGACCUGGGGUGCAGUUCGUCCGAGGAGGACAGUAACCGUGCGGACUUGACGGAGAGCGCAGCGGAGGAGAAGACAUCUCCGGUGGUGCGACGGCAUCAUCAUCCGUUCAGCGUGGAGGCGCUGAUGUCCGGGAGGAAGACGGACGCUCGCGGCGGGGAGUCUAUCCGCCGUAAACUGGAGGGAGCCUCGGUGUCGGUGUCUCCAACCGGUUUGAACUCCCUGUAUCUGUAUCGAGAGACGUGUAGCCCUCCCGGGGGAAGCCAGAAGAGCUUAACGGCUGUGCCUUCGUCGCCGGUAAAAUCCGAGGCAUCAGAGUCGGAGGACUGCGCACCCUGGGUCACCAGCAGCGCGUUUUCCACACAGCCUCGUCAUGUCGGUCCUGGCUGUCCGUUGAGGAAACACAAGUCCAACAGAAAGCCCCGCACUCCCUUCACCACGUCUCAGCUCCUGGCCCUGGAGAGGAAGUUCAGGCAGAAGCAGUACCUGUCCAUCGCCGAGCGGGCCGAGUUCUCCUCCUCCUUGACCCUGACGGAGACCCAAGUCAAGAUCUGGUUCCAGAAUCGCCGGGCAAAAGCCAAGAGGCUCCAGGAGGCCGAGCUGGAGAAACUCAAGAUGGCUGCAGACGCUAAGACGGCGGCGGUGGCGGUCGCUGCGGCUGGAGGUCUACACCCUGGCUUUACGUUACCGCUGUCGCUGGGCAUGUCACUGUAUGGACAGUCGUACUCUGCCUAUCAUCACCACCACCACCACCACAGAUCCUUACUGCCCAUUUCACCUUUAGGACUGUACGCUGCUCCUCUGGGCUACAGCAUGUACCACUUAUCAUAAAUGGAAAUAUCACUGACUAUGGUGACAUGUGUUCCCAAGGAAUCCCAAAAAUGGACACAGAAGACGUGUGGCUGACAUUUAAAAAAAUAAAUAAAUAAAAAUCUAUGUUUUUAAUAUAUCUUCUGCACAAGGAGUGUUUGAAUCGACUUUCUGAGCACUUCAAGUCAAAUACGAAAUCUAUUUUUUUCCCACAGCAAGGAUAAAAGAAUAAAUAAACGUACUGUAGACGUUCUCUUGCCCGUUUGGACUGCCUGUUUACAUGACUUGUCUGAAUGAGGAGGGGCGUUGCGGUCCAGCUGUUUAUGCUCUUCACUUGUUUACUUUUGCAAUAAUUGAGCUGGGUGAGGACUUGCACUUCGCACAAUAAUUCAAAGUACAACUUUUCACUCGAGCCUUUCUCUUCAUUCGAUGCAGUGCCUUGUGUGUCGAAAAAGAGCGUUAAAGUUAAGACACUUUGUACACGUGGUGAUGAGAGUUUCAGCAGCUCAGGCCAAA